UCUACCCUACCCUACCCUACUCUAUUCUUAAAGCUGGUGUGCUUAUUAUUUCUGGAUCCAAAAGAAAUAAUUGCCUGAGCACUUAAUCUUCAUCCAACACUUGUCAAAACAGGAAGAACUUGUCAGAAAACCAUUCCCACCUGACUUGCUCGGGGUUCAAAUGCCUCUUAUCAGUCCAUCGUGUUGCUAGCAGCUCCCCUUCAUCUCCCACUCUCUGAUCUUAGGCAGGUGUCUUGCUAACCAAGAGGUCUUUUUAUCCCCUUCCAGAUCUCGAGAACAAGGUCUUCGUUUUCCCGGUCGGUAACAAGAAGGCCAGCGUGAAGGUGAAUGUCUCCCUCCAGCAUCCCUUGACCAACUUCACCGUGUGCAUGAGGUUUAACCCCAGCCAGAUCCUUCCCUAUACCCUCUUCUCUUACUCCACCAAGCCCAACGCCAAGGAUUUCCAGAUCGUCAAACCCAACUCCAUCAUGUUUCACCUCCAAAUAGGUGGGAUGACACACACGAUUGCACCCCGCAAGCCGUCCCUUUGGGAGUGGCAGCACCUCUGCGUGGCCUGGGAUUCCACCACUGGAUUGGUCCACUUCUGGCACAACGGCGACCUUCUCUCGCGCUUCGUGAUGCAGAAGGGUUACAAGAUCAGCCAAAACGGGACCUUCUUGUUGGGCCACGACCGCGAUUCCUGGGGGAAGAAAGACAGCUUUGUGGGCGAAAUGGCGGAUGUCAACAUGUGGCCACGCGUCUUGAAACCUGAUGAGAUUCAUUUGGUUAGGAAAAACGACGAGGUUCCGAAUCCUCUGUUCACCUGGAAGGCCCUGAAUUAUACCCCUUUUGGGGGGAUCCGGGUGGAGGAGGCUUUGCACUAGGUUUCCCGAGUUCCCGAAAUGUAAGCCCUGCUUUUGAAAAAAGGAGAAAAAUAGGGGAGGGGGGGGAAGGAAAGCAAUUUCCUUUGGGUGGGGAAAAAAAUAUCUGUAGUUUUGCAACGCGUUGCAAGUAGCUGAAGUAGAUCGCGAGUGAGUUGUAGAAUCCCGAGCGGGCCUUCGACUCAUCCUUGCAAUAAAAUUAGCCAUGCUAUGUUGGAUGUUUCUUUUGGGAUUUUUUUCCCCCCCAACCGAAAAGGAAUCCCAAGAAUGCAGGUCGUCCUCGACUUACGACAGGUCACGGAAUGGGCGUUCGAAGUUGCAACGGCACUGAGAAAAGGGACGUGUGACCAUUUUUUUCCACACUGAACGCCCGUUGCAACGUUCCCCCGAGGCCGUGUGAUUUACGUUCCUCACGCUUGACAAUAGAGUUGCAUUUAUAACAGUCGCGGUGUCCCUUUUUGUGACUUUCUAGACAAGUCAACAGGGAAAACAGAUUCACUUAA